AUGAAGUCCAGCAGCAGCAGGAGCUGCCACCUCCUCCUCCUCUCCCUCCUGGGGCUGCUCACCAUCUGUGCUCAGCUGCUGGGCACGUCUGGACAGAACGCGACAGUUGCUGCAGGAAAAACGGGCACGUGCCCUGACACAGAGGUGGCGACAGCCCACGGGAACUGCACAGAAGAAUGCCAGUCCGAUGCCGGCUGCGAGGGGAGCCAGAAGUGCUGCCGGACAGGCUGCGGGACGUCUUGCCGAACCCCGAACGAUAAGCCCGGUUCUUGCCCGGGAAACAUGAAUGGAAUCUCCAUGCUGGGCUUUUGCGGUGACAACAAAUGCGCGAGUGAUGCAGAGUGCGAAGGAACCAAGAAAUGCUGCCAAAAUGGCUGUGGCAGAAAGGACUGUACCACUCCAGACUGAGAUGCCGCCCGGUCCCUGCAGAGCCACUGAGAUGGGGGAGCUGCCAGUCUCUGUGGAGCCCGUGCCUGAAGACGUCUCGCCGACCACAACUGCCUUCCUCCCCAGCACCUCCUGCU